AUGGCUUGUGGUGCGAUUGUGCUCUUACAAGACUCGUGCAGUGCCAUUGCCGUACUUGAGGAGGUGCGCAAGCAUGUCAGAAUGAGGGGUAACGAAGCUGAGGCGAUAUGCAGCAACAUCAACGACUACGUGUACCAUUCUCUAGCCGCACAGGCAACAUUUGUGUUAGGUGAAACGGAGGUGCCGCGCAUGUUGGCGCGCGCAGGCGUUGGCGAGUUGCAAGCAUACACAAUUAACUGUAGUGGUGGUAAAGCGGAGCUGUGUCUUUUCUGCGUGGGCACUUCUUCCACAGUCUUGCCAUGUUUUGUUGCGUUACCCUCGUCGCGUGGUCGCGUAUUUUUGGACAUGUGUUUGACCUGGGCGUUUCGUGCGCAUUAUGAGCAGGCGCGCCAAUGCGCCUCACGCUUUAAAUUAGCGUUGCUCCAGACAAUUGGUGGUGGAUGGGCAUCACUUCGUCGCGUGGAUAAAGCGCUGCGGUGCGCUUUGCUUCUUCGUGAAACCGCCGCGGAGCUUAAUGACGCUGUGACGGAGCGAAAGUCCCGCGUGUUUGUUGGCUGGGCUCUUUUGUGGAGCGGAGAUGUGCGGCAAGCGGUUACCAUAUUUGAGCAAGAAUGCAAGGAGGCGCGAUGUGAAGGCGACACCGCGCAGGAACGGAGGUGUGUGGCAGCUUUACAUUACGUGCGUCACAACGCGUUCUAA